UCAUGCUGCUGCCAAGUCCAGAGUCUGUCAUGGGUCCCUGUACGGCCUCCCAUUGCUGCUGUCUCCAUCGCCACACUCUGCCAUGUGCCACUUUCAGGUCUCCUCACACUGCUGUGGUGUGUUCCAUUUUUUGUCAUAGGGUGCUGGCAGAUUACGGGCCUCCCAUAGCUGCUGCCAGGCCCCUAAUCUGCCAUGGGCCCCUAUACCGCCUCCUCAUGCUGCUGCCAAGUCCAGAGUCUCUCAUGGGUCCCUUUACGGCCUCCCAUUGCUGCUGUCUCCAUCGCCACACUCUGCCAUGUGCCACUUUCAGGUCUCCUCACACUGCUGGUGUGUUCCAUUUU